AUGCAGCUUGAAGACGAGAGGAAACGAGUUGAGCACAAAACGGACUUAUAUGCGACUGUGAUGUCAAUUGAGUUUCUAGAGAACUUAUUUGUGAAGAGUUUAAUAGAUUAUGAGACGUAUGUGAAACAGUGCACAGAGGAGUUUGACCGAUAUGAGAGGAUAUUCCCGACAUGUGGAUACACCUCCAUCACACAAUUUUAUGAAGACUAUGACAUCCCACGUGGGAUGUCAUUGAAUCGACUCACAAAAGGCAAACCAAUGAUUAAGGAGCACCGAGUAAUAGCAAACGGGCGUUUAAUCAUUGAAAUUGUUAUUAAUAUAUUGGGGCUCAACGACACAAUAUACUUAGAAAAUUAUGACGUCCAAGAAUGCCUCAGACUACUCAACGCAAUCAACAUCGGACUCUCCGCUUUCGAGUCGAAGAACCUUCAAUUCGAAAAUGUCAAAAAGGAGUUACGGGAAUGGGAAGCAAAGAUGAAAGCUUGGGACUUUGAAAAAGCUGGUGACUUGCUGAAAGAUCAAAGCCCACAACUUGUUAAUACUUUGAACUCAGCUCUCAAUUUGUUUAAGGAAAUCAACAACACUUGA